AUGUCUUCCCUCCAGGACAGCUUGCAUCACUCCCUUUCCUUACGAGAUGCCACGGGGCUUCACCCGCACCAGGUGCGGCUACUGGAUAUCGUGCGUGAUGCGCUGUCAGAGGGAAGAGCAAAGCUGGAGUGCACCCAACAGAGAUGCAAGGAGAAGGUUGCCGCUGCUCAGAUGGAGCUCCAUGCGAAGGAGGCAGAAGCCCAGGCUGCUCAGUCGGAAGCAGCUGCAGCCAGAGAAGUGGUCCAAAGGGCAGAGGCCACCUCACAAGAAACAGAAAGCGAAAUUGCCGAAAUGCAAAAGGACUUGACCGACUCUGCAGACAAGGCCAAGGCGGUCAUUCAGGAGACUCAGAAGAUGGAGAAGCAAUUGAAGGAUUUGGUGGAGGUUCAGAAUCGCUUGGAGUGCAUGGCCCAGGGCCUUUGGAGCUGUGAGGAGGAGUGGUGGGAAUGCUUUGCUGCUUUACAGCAACACCUUCUGGACACAGGUGCGGAAUGUUCUCUCUUGACGGCAGCAACCGUCUCGCUGAAGAAGCGGCCUGCAGAAAGGAGCGACUUUGAUGCAAUCGCCGUGGAGGGAGUUGGGAGCUUUUUAUGUGAACAACGACGUGGGGCGGAAGAAGAACUAUUUGCUCGCCCACAACUGCAGAUGGAGGCCGAAGCGGCUACUUUGAGCCGCCGGUCUCUCCUCAAUGCAACAGAGCAGCGAGCCAUCGAAAAUGCGCAGGCGCUGCAAGAAGCUAAGGCUGCGCAGGAGAUCAGCUUUUCUCUGGCAGCCAAAGCAGCUGCAGGUUUGCCGGCAAGCGAGGCCCAAGCCAAGGAGCACAAGAAACAGGAGGCAGAGAUCAACGAAAGACUAAAGUCGUUGAACGAGGCCCUCCACCUGAUCUGUGAAUGGAUCUGCGGAAGCUCCAAGCCUGGGCAAUGCGAGGGGACGCCAAACACCCUCGAGGUCCAAGAACUGAAAGAAGAGGCAGCUCCUUUGCCAGUUGCCAAGGAGCUCACAAGCAGCCCAACAGGCCCCAAAGAUGUUGAAGCAAAGAUCCUGGAUUUGAACAGUCCUUUGAGGGUACCAACACCCAUGAAAGGCAAUGACCUCAGUUGCCAUGGGAUCUGUCUUAGUGCAGAGCUGAUGAUGUCUGCUUCAAACGUGCGGAUGACGUUUCCAGGGAACCAAGUUCUUACGCGCAUGAAUUACGAUAUGCCGUUCAAGAGUUGCAAGCCUAGGUCGCUUGUCUACUUGAGUGACGCUCAGGAACUGCUUGAUGAGUGA